CGAAACCAGUCAACAGAUUCACACUGUCAAUCAAUUGAUUAUAUUUUUCUUUAUAUUUUUAUUGAAUUGGUCCGUUUAUUUUAUCGCUAAAUAUUUUUCGGUGGGUCUUCUAGUAAUAUUGUCUAGUUAUAUAUUUGUUUAAUUGUAUAAUUGUCUAAGUGAAAUAAAAUGGAUGUGACAGAAUCAUCGUCAAGCACGUCAAUAGUUAAAGAUACGUUCAAAGCAACAGAAGAUGCUACAACGACGGAAAUUACAGAUGCAAAUGAGCAACUCAGUCCAGAAUAUUUACAACGAAAACUUUAUUUUCUACUUGAGCACUUGAAAAAAAUGCACAGCGAAUUACCCGAGCGUUAUCAAAUGCGAAUACCAUACGAUUUACUAACGCAUUUAGCCAAUGCCCUGAUAAAUGAAACAAUAUUUGAAAUUGUCAAGCGUUUGAUCGAAAUACAACACGUAACCGAAAAGCAUCUCUUUGAACUUAGACGUCAGGCUGAAAUGGAACAUGAAAAAGAGGUUGAAGGAUGGGUGAACAAAGUCAGUGAUCCUGAGGAGUUGCAACAUAUUUUGGCUUUGAUGAAAAUCAAGCAUACGAAGAAAAUGAAAGAAACCGAUCAAAAACUUAUUCAGCAUUUGGAUGCCAAAGUACUUGAUCAGCAAAAAACUCUCGAAGAAGCGGGUGUACCCGGGUUCUAUAUCACAGAAAAUCAAAAGGAGAUAAAAAUUCAGAUGCAUUUGAUAGAUUUUAUACUUCGGUUGAGUCGAUUGAAGUUUGAUCCUAAUGCUUAAAUUGUGACCCAGUACUUGUUUACAAAUGUACUUGUAUUUUUUAUUUGCUUUCAUCAAAU